CUACUAAAAUAGAAAAGCCCAGCCCACCAAAAAUACUUGCCUUAGCCCACCACCCCUUCUCUCUCCUUUCUUCUCCUCCCAUCUUCCUCCAUCCAUCAACUGGCCCUUUGCAUCUCUUUCUUCUUUCCUUAGAGAGAUAGGAAAGAGAGAGAGAGAGAAGAUGGGUAGUGGGCCUUUGAAGGCCUUGGUUGGAGUCAUUGCAUGUGUUAUGUUUCUUGGUUUUUUGUUUGUUGAUGUUGAUAUUGUAGCAAAUGGAGGAACAACCACAACAACGACGGCGGCGAUGACGACAACGACUGCUACUACUAGUAGUACUGCUAUUAUUACCACAGGAAGUUUCAAGCAAUCAGAGGUCAUGGGAAGAGAUGGGCCCACUUUUCAUCAUGAUCUGGACCUCAAUUACAUGAGCAAGAGAAGAGUUCCAAAUGGGCCUGAUCCCAUUCACAACAGGAGGGCAGGGAACUCUAGAAGACCUCCUGGUCGAGUUUAGACGGUGAGGAUUGAAGCUGUUUUGUAGAAGAUGGAUUACAAGAUGUGGGGCCCAUGUUGUAUGUCAUCUUUGGAAUGGGAAACUAUAAACACUCCUCUCACGUUAGCAAGCAUCCCUACUCUGCAAAGUGAUGUACUUUGUCUUUAUACAGUGUAAUGGGGAGGUGGUGGGUUGUUAAAGAAGCCAUGCUUCUCUCGUACAAACUACACGUACAAAAGAACCUUAAAAAAGGAUUUGAUUGCUUUUACA